AUGGAGGCGUCUUCUCCCCUCGCUGCCAUGCGCCCACCGGCCAUGCCCUCCUUUGGCCACCCGGACAUGUUUCGUCCUCGCGGCCACAAUGCCUUCAAUGGCGAGUCGAGAGGGUCCAGCAUACUCUUCCGGGACCGUAUUAUGCCCAAGGGCAAGCCAGACUACUUUAACGUUAAGGGCGUGAACGGCUCCUCUCCCACUGCCAGCCUCGCAGCAGACCUGUCCCAGAACUUUCGUAUCGACAACGAGGCAAGUCCGCGUUUUCCAACUCCUCGUCGAGCCCUCUUCACGACCAAUACUAUAAUACAUGCUUUUGACGGACGAGAGUACCAGACGACCCCUCCACUGCCGGCCACAUCUUCUCCGAGUGGUAUGGACAUGGACGUGUCUCCUGUGCCCAUGCACAAGGGCGCCUACGUGGCCCAGGUCGAGAUACAUUCGCCUACCCCGACGCUGAGUACUGAUGACGACGAGGACAUGAUGCUGGACUCUCCUGCUCCUAUAGCACGGCGUAUCUCCGCGGACAGACAGAAACCUGUGGCUGAUAGCUGCCGCAAGUUGAACCUGCGUCGACCAUCUCUGACCAGGGGGAAGGGUUUCUCAACCAAUACCAUCCCCAGCCGCCUCCAUCCCGAGAGCCAAGUCUCUGGCUUCAAGUUUGGCAACGAUGGUCGGCCGGGCUCGUCGUCCUCGAACCUCUCCCUGAGCGAGUGCUUCGAGGACUCGCCGCCCCAGGAGAGGAGAGUGGUCUCUGCUCACAGCCCAUGCGCAGCUGUAUCCGGGGCCGGUCGGAUUAGCAAACCUCAAUUCACCAGCCUGAGCGCUGCGCCGACCAGGAACGGUUCUCCCAUCACGUCGCAGUCCCGUCGUGGAGCCAACCCAAUCCGCCCAAGGAAGCAGUACAGGCGGUCACUGAGCAUGUUUGAGAACUCUGGUGACGUGAUCAAGCCCAAAGAGAAGUUGCAGUCUGUGGUGGACAUGGAAGAACCAGCAGAGCUCAUACUCCCGCAUUUCUUCCCGGAGGGCCAGAAUGACAGCAUUCCCCGCCUCUCCAGGUCCACGUUCCUCGAGAUCCUCGAUGGCAGAUACAAUGAGCAAUACGACAACAAGCUGAUCAUUGAUUGUCGCUUUGAGUACGAGUUUGCCGGGGGCCACGUCGGUGGUGCCAUCAACUUCAACGACAAGGAGGCCCUUGCAACCCAGCUCUUCCCGAGCCCGCCUGAGCUGGAGGGCCGAACCCUCAUCGUGUUUCACUGCGAGUACUCGGCGCAUAGGGCACCCUUGAUGGCCCGCCACAUCCGGUCCGAGGACCGUGCUUUCAAUGCUGAGUGCUAUCCUAGGCUGACCUACCCCGAGAUAUACAUCUUGGAAGGGGGCUACAGUGGUUUCUUCUCCGAGCACCGUGAGCGAUGUGAGCCGCAGGCGUAUGUGGAGAUGGACGCCGUCGAGCACGCCACAACUUGUGAGCAGGAGAUGGAUCGUCUCCGCCAGACCCGCAAGGGCCUGGGCCGCGCACAGACUUACGCCUUUGGUCAGAAGGUUGUUGUUGGCUGUGAAUCUCCCACGCCUGCCUAUCAAGACAGCUUUGACGAAUCACCCAUGCAGCUCAUGGAGUCACCAAGCUUGUGCCAGGACAGAAGCCAUGCUAGGCGGAUGGCUUCGUACUGA